AUGGCAAGAGUAGAAAACAGCAACAGUAACAGAAACACAGAAGAACAACAGGAACAAUUUUUAAUUAGAAUAAAAAACUAUCAAUCUGCAUUCGCCGUUAAUUUCCCAAACACUGAAGGUUUUAACAGGAACUUUAGAAGAGUUAGAUCAGUACCUGAUUAUGUUUUUGCAAGGUACUACGAACAUAAUAGCCAUUACAUUCCACCACACAAAAGGCCAUAUAGGCCAUAUUACAGGCCUGAAGAGCCUCUAACGUUCGCAGCGUAUGGGAAGUACCAGGAACCCGGAGUUAACUUCAUGAAGUACGAUACAGUACUGCCUUUUUAUUUUGUUCCAAAUUUGAACGCCCUUGCCUUGAGUUUUCCUCUGGACAACACCAAAUAUUACCUUUUAUUGUUACUCCCUGUAGAUUUUAACGGAGUAGAUCAGCUAAUCUGUGACCUAAGGUUGCACGGUAAUUUGAGAUUCAUCUUGGAGAACUUACGUUUAACUCACGUGAUAGCCACCAUUCCUAGUUUUACUCUCAAAGGGUACGUUACUUUAACACCAACACUCCAACAGUUGGGUAUUAGAAGGAUUUUCGAACCAAGGCAAGCUGAUUUCUCACCGAUGACCAAUGUCACCGAUAUCUACGUCACAAACAUCGAGCAAGCUGUCACUGUGACUAUACGAAACUACUUGGAUCCUUCAGCGGAGAAUUACAAAAACUUACGAAGAUAUCCACCUGUACAGUUUAGAGCCGACCAUCCCUUUCUGUACUUUGUCAUGGAUACAGAGUUGAAUGUAGCGUUAAUGGUAGGAAAAGUGGUAAAUCCCCUAAACUCAAGAAUAAGAUAGCUGCCAAAUGAACUAUUUAAAUAUAAAUAUGUUUAAUUUAAUAAAUUGUAAAGAAAAUAAUGUAAAAUAAUUGUUAAAUUAAUGUAAUAAGUCAUAUAAAUUUGAUAAACGAAACAUGGAAUGUGAAAAUCU